AUGGUGUACCUGCAGCUAUUUUCGGUGAACGGUGCUCCUAGACGCCUCGGGCAGCGGUUGCUCCGCGACCAGAUCAGAUUGCAGCCCUGUGAACCCUUACUUGGAAUUCUUUACAUUGGCAUGCUCUUCUGGAUGAAACAAAGAUUAAGGGCCUCUGCCCAGAAUUGUCAAGGGCCUGAUAAGGUGAAUAAGCUGAAGAAUUUGAAAGGAGGAGGAGAUGCCAUUGAAAAAGAACUUGAAGGGAGUUUUGUCCCAGUUUCUGAUCAGGAAGAGAAUUCUGAGAACGGACACAAAUCGAAAAAGCAACCCAAAAGAAUUAAGAGAGUGAUGAAACGUACCUCCGAAAGGUCACAUUCAGAAAAACCUGAAGAAACCAGUCUCUGCCCUGUCAAUAAAGCAGAUAGAGCAAAGAGACCCAUUGAGUCUAUGAAGAAAAACUGUGCAGACAAAGUAUCCCAUCAGUGUAAGGAAUGUGGGAAGUGUUUCAGACAAAGGCCAUACCUUACCCAACAUCAGCGAAUCCACAUGGAGAAGCACAUUAAGUGUAGUGAAUGUGGGAAAACAAUGUCUCGGAAUGCCGACCUUGUUCAGCAUUGGAGAACUCAUACUGGAGAGAAGCCAUAUCAGUGCGCCGAAUGUGGAAGGAACUUUUCUCAGGCAUCAAAUGCCAUUAGGCACCAAAGGAUCCACACUGGAGAAAAGCCAUACAAAUGUACACUGUGUGGGAAAAGCUUUAAUCAAAACACACAUCUUGUUUGCCACCAGAGAUAUCACAGUGGGGAAAAGCCUUAUAAGUGUGUUACGUGCGAGAAGAGCUUCACUGAGAAAGCAUCACUGCAGCUUCACCAAAGGGUCCACACAGGAGAAAAGCCCCACAAAUGCCUAGAAUGUGGGAAGAACUUCCGACUUCUUUCUGCCAUCAUUCAUCAUAGGAGAAUCCACACGGGAGAGAAGCCCUAUAGCUGUAGCGAAUGUGGAAAGAACUUCCGGCAGAAAUCAACACUUACUGUUCACAGGAGAACCCACACGGGAGAAAAGCCUUACAGCUGUACUGAAUGUGGUAAGAGCUUCAGCCAGCGUUUCUAUGUCUCUGUUCACAAGAGAAUGCACACAAGAAAGAAUCGCCAGAGCAGUACUCUGGAAGGAUGA